CCCUCCGAUAUCUCACGUGACGCUCCUCGGUAGUUCCCAGGCGGUCAGCGCGGAGAGCCGGAGACUAUGGAUCAGAGGGUCGGGUUGUUCGUUCUUCUGGCGUUGGGCCUCCUCUGCCUUCACUUAGCGCCCGUCUCUCGGGCUGAGGACCUGAUUGAGGACGGUCUGGGCGACGACAUGGACGUGGAGGACGAGCUGGAUCUGGGUUUGGCCGGAGCCGAUGACGAGGAUGAAGAGCUGGAGGGAGACGUGGAGGACGAAGCUCCGCCUGUUCCCAAAACUCCUCCCACACCCAAGGUGACCUACAAGGCUCCAGAGCCGAUGGGGGAACAUUUCUUCGCCGAGUCUUUUGACCGAGGGACUCUUGAUGGGUGGGUGAUGUCCAGCGCUAAGAAGGAAGACGCCGAUGAAGAGAUCGCAAAGUACGAUGGUAAAUGGUCCGUGGAGGAGAUGAAGGACUCGAAGCUGCCCGGGGAUAAAGGUCUGGUCCUGAAGUCUCGAGCCAAACACCACGCCAUCUCAGCCCAGCUGCUGCGACCUUUUAUCUUCGACACCAUGCCGCUCAUCAUCCAGUACGAGGUGAACUUCCAGUCGGGGAUCGACUGUGGCGGCGCCUACGUCAAGCUGCUGUCUCAGACUCCUGAUCUGGACCUGGACCAGUUUGUGGAUAAAACUCCGUACACCAUCAUGUUCGGACCCGACAAAUGCGGAGAAGAUUACAAGCUGCACUUCAUCUUCAGACACAAAAACCCCAAAACCGGAGAGUACGAAGAAAAACACGCCAAGAAGCCCGACGCCGACCUGAGGACGUACUACACCGACAAGAAGACGCACCUGUACACCCUGGUGGUGAACCCUGAUAACAGCUUCGAGGUGCUGGUGGACCAGACGGUGGUGAACAGCGGGAGCCUGCUGACGGACGUGACCCCCCCAGUGAACCCCCCUGCAGAGAUCGAAGACCCCGACGACCACAAACCGGACGACUGGGACGAGAGGGCCAAGAUCCAGGACCCCGACGCCGCCAAGCCUGAAGACUGGGAUGAAGAUGCUCCCGCUCAGAUCCCAGACGAGGAAGCGGUGAAACCAGACGGCUGGUUGGACGAUGAGCCCGAGUACAUCGGAGACCCCGACGCCCUCAAACCCGAGGACUGGGACGAGGACAUGGACGGCGAGUGGGAGGCGCCUCAGGUUCCCAACCCCGCCUGUGAGACCGCCCCCGGCUGCGGCGCCUGGAAACGCCCCAUGAUUGACAACCCCAGCUACAAGGGCAAGUGGAAACCACCCAUGAUCGACAACCCCAACUACCAGGGCGUCUGGAAGCCGAGGAAGAUCCCCAACCCGGCAUACUUCGAGGACCUCCACCCAUUCAGGAUGACGCCGUUCAACGCUGUGGGGCUCGAGCUCUGGUCCAUGACCUCCGACAUCUUCUUCGACAACUUCUUCAUCACCAACGACCGCAACACGGCUGACCGCUGGGCCACUGAUGGCUGGGGGCUGAAGAAGGCAGCAGAGGGCGCCGCCGAGCCAGGUCUAGCAACUCAGAUGCUGAACGCAGCAGAGGAGCGUCCGUGGCUGUGGGUCGUCUACGUCCUGACCGUGGCUUUACCUCUGGUCCUGAUCAUCGUCUUCUGCUGCACCGGAAAGAAGAAGAGCCCAGCGACGCCGGCCGAGUACAAGAAGACAGACGAGCCUCAACCUGAUGUGAAGGAGGAAGAAGAGGACGAGGAGGAGGAGGAGGAGGAGGCGGCGAAGGCUGAAGAGGCCGAGAAGAGCGCGCCAGUUACAAAGGAGAAGAGCGACGGAGAGGAAAGUCCUGCAGAGAAAGAGGAAGACGAAGCAGUGGAGGAGGAGGAAGAGAAGGAGGCCACAGCCGACGAGAAGCUGGACGAGGACGUUCUGCGGAGAUCUCCCAGGAACAGGAAGGUCAGAAGGGACUGAUAUGUGAAUCCACAGCCCUGACCUCCUCACCUCCCUGACCCCCACCUCAAACAUCUCCCCUCUCCUCCUCCUCCUCCUCCUCCGUGUCCUUCUCCUCCUCUAUGCCGAGGCGACGAAGCCCCAAUUCAGUUGAAGCAGCGAAGCCGAAAGGAAACUAAUCAGGAUCUCUGAUGUGGACGCCUGACGACGACGACGAUGAUGAUGAUGAUGAUGAUGAUGAUAAUGAUUCCAGUACAACAGGACUGAGUUAGCGUGAUUUAGAGGAUUUUUGUUUUUGAAAGAGAUUACCUUCCUGCAUCAUUCCUUAACAACACCUGAGCAGACUCGAACCUGCUGCCCGCCCAACCGCCACCCUGAGUUAGCAGCUGCCUAAUUAGCCUUUUAGCAAUGUGAUGAUAGUCUGUUGGGAGAUGAUUUGGCUGUUGGUGCACAUGAUUUGAGGUAGCCUGCCAUGAGUUUUAUUAGCCUACCAGCAGCCAGAUUAUUUAGCCACCGUCUGUCAGGUUUGUCCUGCAAAUUAACUUGCAACAAGUCUUGCUAAACAGGUUUGUUUGCUGUCCACAUGUAGUACAAGUAGCUCAGCAGCAGCCAUGUAUAACGAGGCUAGCAGCAUUCACUAAAAGUCCAGCUAACAAGACUACUAAAUAAGUUUCUAAUUAGCCCCUGGAGAGAAAUAUGGUUACCAACAACUGAAAAUGUGAAUUAGCCUGCCUGCUAAUUAGCCUAGUAACACUAUCAGCGGUCAAGACUUGCCAUAAAGCAACUUGUCAAAAAUCUUAAUAGCCAAUGGACAUGCAGUUAAUGGUCACAAACGGUGAAGGAAGGAAAACCAAAAGUCUUUCUCAUGAGCCUGUUUAAAUAGCCAAUAAAUAAGUUAACUAGCUAGAGACCAUUUGGCUAGCAACAGUUUACAAUGUGAAUUAGCCAGGUAAUAAGCCCAAUGACACUAUCAGGGUCCUGCUACGUAGCCUACCGAUUGAACGCUAACUGGGCUAACAGUCAGGCUAACCUUGCAGCCAGUUAAGGAAGUGAAACUAAAAGUGUUCCUAAUGAGCCUCUUUAGCUAGCCCAUGAGCAGUUAGCUAGUAUGAUAGCUAGGUACGCUAGCUACCAGUAUGAAGUGACAGUCUUCCUGCUUUGGCUAGUAACAGUCUGCCAGCUAGCGCACUAUGAUGAUGCUAAUUAAUGUUUUUUAGCUUUAUGGGAGUGUGAAAAUUACCACUUAAGGUGAUCUUGUGAUGAAGAUGUUUUAACAGAAGUUGCUUAUUAUCCAGCUAAUUAUUGCUGUUAAAGGUAGCCUGCUUUCAUCCCCAUUUGGACGACAAACAAACUGCUAAUUAGCUGUUUGUUAACUGUUAGAACUUAACAGCACCUAGCUAAUUAGCUUGCAAAGAAGCUACCAACUGCCGUGUCAACUAAAAUGCUUAUUCACAAGCUAAGGGUUGAUUUAUUAGCCUUUUUUGUGUCUGGAAAUGAGUCUACCUGCAGUCAGGAUGACGCUACCAGAAGUCAAGGAGAUGAGCUAACAAACGGACUGCUAAUUUGCCUGCUUAUUAGUUCAUCAGCAAUUUGGCUGCUGGUAUUGCUAUUAAAAUUAGCAAACAGGCUGCAAGUGGCAUCACAAAUGGUGGUAACUUACUUAACAACUAGCUAGGAAACUGCUGCUUUGUAAGCAAACCUGUUAAUUCACAAGCUAACAAAUGAUCUGGCUGCUUGUAGCGACUACAAACAGGCUGCUAACAACUAGCUACUAACAGCCCUAGAGUUUAUAAAUUAGCCUGCUAGCUGCCUGAAGUAACCCAGAUCUUAGAGGUUUGCCCGAGUUGCACCGAGCUGAUAUUUAAAAUAAUGAACUGGGAACACUCCGACUUUCUCUUCCCUUUUUCAUCUUUUUAUUUCUCGUGAUAUAAAAAUAAAUAAAUGUGUUUGUUCUGAAGCAGUUAGCUGCAUGUUAGCUCCACUGAAAACAGUCAGACGAGUCUCCUCAGUGUUUAUUUCAGUGUCCUGAUGGCAGCAGAUGAUGUUUAGAGGUCGACAGCCUGAACCGAUCCGAGCUUCGAGCGUGUUGUACUUCAGAUCCCUGCGAUGUUUGUUGUUUUGUUGUUUGUCUGAACUUUGUGGUUUAGAUGCAGUCGAUCGAUGCUGUCAGAUUAGUAAAGUGUCGGUGCUGACCAGCAGCAGCAGCAGCAGCAGCAGAUGACUUCUGACACUAAAACCUCUUCACACACUCGCCUCUCUGCUUCAUGUUUGUGUAGACCUGACUCUUUGGUGUUGUCUUUGAGAUUUCAGUCCAGACACGACGGCUGCUGCUCAGCUCCUCCUGUACGUUUAAACUUCAGUGACAAAACCUGCCUCCUUCAGCCACCAUCUCAUCUUCACAGUGACAUUUUACAAUAAAAGUCUUCCUGCCAACACACUGGAUGGUCUCGUAGAAAGUCCAAAACCCUCUGAACUCCGAGCAGCUUCUGUCUCGUUUUUCACUUCAGUAUAAAAUCCUGCAUCUCAGUGGAAACAGCAUGACACAGUUACAGGACCAGAAAAUACUUUACUUUUAAUAUCCUACAGGUUGUACUGACGCUAACAAACAGUCAAUAAAAGGAGGCUCCACGCGCUACAGA